UCCCCCAUCCCUACCUUCACCCUCUAGCCCGAGCUUCACGUUCGUCACCCCUCUCAUACCUCUCCCUCCUAAUCCUCCGAUCAUCCCUAUUCAAUGUUUAUCUCCCAUUUUCCUUGUCACUGCUCAUCCUCAUUCCCAUUCCUUCGCUGCUCAUCUCCCAUCAUCCCUCUCGCUUCCCAUCCUUCCGAUCACCCCCAUUCAUCCACCGUCCCCCACUCACUACUCAAACUCCUCUCUCCCCUCGCUUGCAUCCCGUCUUUCCCACACUUCAUACCCCGUCACUCAUUUUUAAAAUUCUCCCUUUUCUUAUCUUCCCCAUCCCCUUCGCUUAGCUUUCCCCUUGAUCUUCAUCCCCCAACCCCCUAACAUUCACAUCAUCCCAUACUCCAUUCUAUUUUAUUCCUUAUUUUCUCAUCGCCUUCUCAUCAUCAUCCCCAUUCCCCUCAUUCCUAACCUUCCCCUUCUUCCUUCAAUACCGAAAUCCCCUCACUCAACAUUCAAAUUGUCCCAUCCCCCACCCGCUUCACUUCUCAUCUUCACUCCACUUCCUCAUUCUUUCUCUCUUCAUUUCUGUUUCUCACUUCUUAUCCCCUUUAUUCCUAAUCCUCCCAUCUCCUUUUAUAACUCCCCAUCUUCCAUCAACCCCCUCAUUCCUCAUCCCCUAUUUCCCCCCUGGUUUCUUCACUCUUUACCUCUCAAUAUCCCUCUUUAUACUCCUUGUUCUUCAUCUCUACUAUCCCUCUCACUUAUCCAUUAUUCACCUCAUUUAUUCUAUCCCUCACUCAUCCCCGACUCAUUCUCCUUCAUCCUCCAAUCCUUAUCUUUUCAUUUCCCCUCCUAACCACCCAUAACUCCCAUUUCUUCAAUCCCAAUUUCUCACUCCAAACCAUCUCAUUAUCACCUCUUCUUAUCCCAAUUCCCUCACUUCUCAUUUAUCACCUUCAUUUCUUGUUCCUCAACUCCAACCGCUUUCAUUUUUCAUUCCCUACCACCCCACCCAGCUCAAUCUCAUUACUCCACUUUCUGUCUCUUCUCUCCCAUCUUUUUCACUCCUCACAUUCCCUUACCCUCAUCUCCCAGCUGCACUCUCUUCUAUCCCUUACUCCAUUCCCUUACCCUUUUCAGUCCCUAUCCUCUUCAUUCACCCUAUAGCCUAAACUUCUUCACUUUACUCUUUCAUUAAUUCACCCCUGUAUUCAUCUUUUUAUUCCCCCUUCUCCCUCACCCUUCUUCAUCCUUCCACCACAAUCCUAUUUUUUUUCAUACUGGCUACUCCUUCAGUCCUCUUCCUUUUAUUCUAAAUUUCUUCCCUUUACUCUUUCAUUCAUUCACCCCUGUAUUCAUCUUUUUAUUCCCCCUUCUCCCUCACCCUUCUUCAUCCUUCCACCACAAUCCUAUUUUUUUCAUACUGGCUACUCCCUCAGUCCUCUUCCUUUUAUUCUAAAUUUCUUCCCUUUACUCUUUCAUUCAUUCACCCCUGUAUUCAUCUUUUUUAUUCCCCCUCUCCCUCACCCUUCUUCAUCCUUCCACCAUAAUCCUAUUUUUUUUUUCAUACUGGCUACUCCCUCAGUCCUCUUCCUUUUAUUCUAAAUUUCUUCCCUUUACUCUUUCAUUCAUUCACCCCUGUAUUCAUCUUUUUUAUUCCCCCUCUCCCUCACCCUUCUUCAUCCUUCCACAACAAUCCUAUUUUUUUCAUGCUGGCUACUCCCUCAGUCCUCUUCCUUUCAUUGCCCUUUAGGACCCUUCUUAUCCAACACUCACUCUUGCUCCAUCCAUCUUAAUUGCUUACCAUCCUCCUUAUCCCCCCCAUUUUUCCACUCUCCUCCCCCCCACUCCCCACUUCCUCAUUCCAUAUCCUUUCACUUGGGUCCAUCUCUUUCCAUACCAUUUAAUUCCCUCCUAUUCCAUCAUUCACCUCGUCCUUUCACAACCUUUUCUUUCAUUCCCUGCUUUUCCCUUUAUCUACUUCAUCAUAUUCCCCGGUUCCUAUUCCUCUCAGCAUUUCUGUCUUCAUCCCUCUCUAUCUCUCCGUUCCAACCCUGUAUACUAUACCUCAUCGUGAUUUCUUUACUGCCCAUCCUCCUCUCCUCAUUGCUUUUUAUCCCCAACCACUUUUUUCUUGGCUCCUGCCCUUUCAUUGUCUCUCACUAUUUGGAUUUUCAUUAUCUUUCAGACUCCAUCUUUUGGUUACCCUUAACUUUUCUUCACUUUCAGACCCUAACCUCUAGAAAUCACUCAUUCCAUGGCCUCUUUGCCUCAAUCCAUUUUCCCUCACUGUUCUAUCCGGGGUUAUUCCUUCUCUAACCCUCCCUGACUAACCCCUCAUAUUAAUUUCUCUUUUUCUCAUUUGUCCCUUAUCCCUAACUCCUUGUUCAUCUGUUUAAGCCCUUCAAUGUCCCUCAGCCUUCACAUUCUGUCAACAGCCCUCAUCCCUUUACCUGCCUUUCCCAAUGCUCCUCAUCUUCUCUCUCCCUCUCCAUCAGACCCCAUCCCCUGAAUGUCUCCCAGCCUAAUCCUUUCCCUGUCCAUCAACCCCUCUCCUCACUACCUCACAGUCCUCUCUUCUCAUAGGACGAUGUUCCUGAGGGGGAUUUGGGGUGCUGGUGGGAAGAGCGCAGUCCUGGCAAGGAUCUCUCCUUGAGACUACAGUUACAUACGCUCCUUCACCCAGGCUUAGCUCCUUGGAACCACCUAUAACAGCUUCCUCUCGCCCUGGGCACCUCCUCUCUUCGGGGCCUCUCUGUUUUGCCUAAUUGAGCUCCCGUCUGAGGAGGGAGGUGGGGAGGUGCCGGUGGGGCCCCGACAGAGGACCCUCCUCCUCUUCUACUUUCAGGAGAACUGCUGUUGGACCUUGGUGAAGUGUGGGACGCAGUAAGGGCCUGAUUCACAGAAAAGGAUUACGGCUGGAGCCGAGGACAUGCCGGGGUUGAAGAGAUACGAAGUGGCGCUGGAGGCAGAAGAGGAGAUCUAUUGGGGCUGUUUUUACUUCUUCCCUUGGUUGCGGAUGUGGCGGAGGGAAAAGAGCGCAGCACCCCCCCAGAGGCAGAAGCUGGAGCCCCUUCCCCGCCUAGUGAGCUGCCUGUCCAGGGGCUUGGGCCCCCACCCCUCCAGGCGAAGCAGUCCCCGCCGUCCGGCAGUUCCGCCCCGGGGGAACCAGCAAGCAUCAGUCUAUCCGGCCGGGGCCCAGCCGCUCCCCAGCAGUGCCGUGGAGUAAAGGAUUUAACCCGGAUCCUGACUCUGCCAGCCAGUCUCUGCCGCUGCCGCUGUUGGGUGGGGGGAGGGAAGAGGAAGGGAACCACCAUGAGUGCGGACUGGGUUUGGUGCUUACGUUUUCCGUACCCCAAGGGGAAAGCCGUGGGAUUGGGAAGAUCGUUACCCUUCUUUCUACACUCUUCUCCUCAUUCGAGCUGCAGCAGUCCCCUCUUCCCCCCAAAUCAAUAUCAUUGACCUCAUCAGGGACUUCUCAUCAGUAUCAGGAAUUCCCCCUCUAAGGGGCUAUCAAUAAAUAUCACCGAUCGCCCUCAUCAGUGAUCCCCAAUUAGUACCAGCGGCCCUUCAGUGACACUCGUCAGGAACACCCCAUCUAUGAGCAAGCGUCAGGGACUUCUAUUACCAAAUAACCAAUGUCAUGGAAUCCCUGAGGGAGGAAGUUUUUUUGGCCUCCGUUUCAUCAAUAAAACGAGGGGUUUAAAAUAGACGGUCUUUAUAAGGACCCUUCCAGUUCUAAAUCCUAUAAUUCUAUCAAGUGUGGGGGGGUGAAACACAUCUACAACUGACCGGUGCCACACAUUUCUAUUCAUUCUCUAGCCCCGGUUAUUGGCAACUUGCAACUACUACCAGCAAUGACCACAAGGAGCAAACCAACCUUUUUUCUACUCAGUUCCUGGAAAACUAUUUUGGUUUAAAGUUUUUUUCGACCAUUACUAAGAAGCUAAAGUAAAAACAGAUGAACACAGUCGAAGUACACAAAACUUCCUUACAAAAUACAUGGUUCUUAAUUGUUCAAAUUUGAAUCCAGACUACUUUGAAAUCCAGGUUUCUGUGCUAAAUGAAGAUCUUAACCCACCCCAAGGUGCAGGUGCACUAGCCUACUUUAGUUACCUAUUACCCCCAUCCAAUGCCCUACACAGCUAGUCUUUAAACUACCCAGACAUAAACAGAAUUGAAAGGAACCUUAGCUACCUUAACACAUGAAUUCAUUCCUGACAUUAUCGUCUGUUUAAUCAACGCAAUAGAUGGGAAAUAACAGGAGGAAAUAUAUUUCACUUACUUAAAAACUAAUUGUUAGGGAUUUAUUGAGCUAAAAUCUAACUUUAACUUUCAUCCAUUUGUCCUAGUUUUGCCUGCUGCUACAGGGUUUCUAAUUCCACAGACCCUCAACCCCUUUUAAGCUCUUAAAAUGUUUCCCUCACUUUUAUCUUUUCCAAAUUAAAUAUUGGCAAGUCUUUCAACCAUU